AUGGUCGGAAAACACAACACUCCGCCUCGAGGAGUACCUUCGUCUUCCAAGCCUGUUGUCAGCAGCGGGAUUCCCGUCGGUGGCAGCAAAGGUAGUGUUGGCGCCCGUGUCAUCACGAACCCACCGCCUGCAGAUAAUCCGUCCAAUGCUGUCCAAGAUCCUGCCACAUCAUGCGAUGAGCUGGAAGGAGACUCGUUUGGAAGACAUCCCCGCGGUGUUCCUCUGGCAAACGACUUGACUCCGCAGAAUGUGAAACGGAAUCUCCAAUCUCAUAACAGCCAGUCGCGGCCGGCGGCCGAGAAGGAGAGUAAGACACAGUCUCCAGCCAGCGCGAAAGUUCAAACAACAGUCACACCGAAGGAAGAGCACCUUCGUGCGAAUGAUGAUCUACACAACAAUAACAUCGAGAGAAUGUCGGCCAAACUUUUCAAGAGUUCUCGCCCAACUCUCCAUGCUUACCUCCGUGACGAGAUUGAGGCCAUGUCGAAGACCGUUAUGGGCAACAUGAGAAAGCGCACUGUUGAGGUGCUCGGCCGUCCAUCAAACUCUCAUCUCGGAUUCGCUACUCUUCGAGACGUCGAAGACCUUACGCUAGUAACGAUGGAAGCCGAGAUAAACUCGGUGAGAAAAGCUGCCUUGGAACAGAUUGACAAGCUCGACAAGCAGGGCUCAGAUGUCCCGAUCAAGCGCGAAGCUAGCGAGCUCGAGGAAGGAGGAGUCGCUGAACAUGCUCGAGAAGCCAAGCGCCAGCGCACCUCCAACAGUGACAACUCGCAGGAUUGUAUUCAGUCAUGA